GAAAUUGCUGGAGCAGCUGAAACCAAGAUAUUAACAAAUCCUAAUGAGAGUAUGGCUGCAGAAGAUGUCUUGUCCCUUGGCGCGGGAAACUUAAAUGAAGUUGUCACGUGGAUGGAUGCCCAACAGGAGCAGCAAAUGCAAGAGGAUGAUUUGAAGUCAGCUUGCAUGGAUGGGAUCAGCACGGAAGAACAGAACGACUGGGCUUCCUUGUAUUCAUUUUGAUUGUGAUGCUAUAUAACUUGAGAUGAGGUGUAUAUGAAAUUUGCAGGGUGGAAAAAUCAUGCGUUUGUAUAUAUUGUCAAUCGUAAAUUUUUUACCUAAAAAUUGAAUGACUUUGG